AUGAGUGAUUAUCCGGAUCCCGAUGAAGAAUACGAACUUAUGUAUGCUGAUGAUCUUGAGUUACUAAAGGAACAUGAGGACAUUGAGCCAAACAUUGUCAAAAGGAAGCCGCUUCCUGCAAAAAGAAGCUUAGAUUUCUCUAGCCCUGUUACUAAAAAGCUUCCUGUAAUUACUGAUUCUACACAAGAGAACGAUGAUAAUCGUAUCCCCUUAUCCCUAACGCCUAACCUUCAGUAUACGGAAGAUUCAUUAACACCUGCUCAGUCAAAUAAAAGAACUGCGGAUGAAUUGUUUGGGGAUAUAGAUGAUAUAGAUUUUGAUAACGUAGAAUUGCCAAGUAAAAGACAAAAGACUGAAGAAGAAACAGAUUUAGAAUUGAUAAAUAAAAUUGUGGAAAGCAGAAAGCUUAAACAAAUGCUAUUGGAACCUUCAAAUGUGCAACGGAAGUUUGAAUCUGUGUUUAAUGCUAAGGAAAAUUUGUCUCUAGAUAUACCAAGGUGGCCAUUUAUGCCAGUCACAAACUCUGAUGGAGAAAGAGUGUACGUAAGAUUUGAAUCAGAAGAUGCAUGGGAUCAGUCACUGGAAACAUCCACUAAUCAUCACAGUUUACAUUCCAUGUAUACUAAAACAUGGGAUGAAGCUAGACAAAUGUUACAAAAAAAACAAGAGGAGGAGCAGAUUCGACAGUCACAAGAGUUGCUUCCAGAAGUCAUAGUAGAUGUCAAUAGCAAUAAUUUAUGGGUGGAGAAGUAUAGACCAAAGUCAUAUAUAGAUUUGCUAUCCGAGGAACCAGUUAAUAGAGCACUUCUACAUUGGCUACAUUUAUGGGAUAAGAUUGUGUUCAAAAAAGAAGUAAAGACUACAGAGCCUCAGCAAAGAAACAGUUUCAGUAAACGUACUGGACAAUUCCAACUGAGUAACAAAUGGCGGGGCAAACGGGAGGCGGAGCCCGAGUUGGGUGAAGAUGGCCGUCCGCACCACAAAGUGGCAUUGCUGUGCGGUCCACCGGGUGUUGGGAAAACUACUCUAGCGCACUUAUUGGCUAGAAUUGCAGGAUAUCGGCCUGUGGAGUUAAAUGCUUCAGAUGAACGUAGUACAGAAGCAUUCAGAACAGCUCUGCAGAGUGCGACGCUUAUGCGUUCCGUACUCGACGCCGAAAAGAGGCCCAACUGUCUUAUUUUAGAUGAAAUAGACGGUGCACCUCUCCCGACGGUAGAGUUGUUAGUGAAAUGGUGUACAGCGUCGGCUGUGGAAGGCAAGAAAAAAGCUAAAUCACAACCCCUGAAGAGGCCAGUUAUAGCCAUAUGUAAUGAUUUAUAUGCCACAUCUCUUAGACCAUUGAGAUCGGUAUCGCUAGUGAUCCACGUGGGCGGGGUGUCGCUGUCGCGGCUGUCGUCGCGGCUGCAGCGCGUGGCGGCGUGCGAGGGCGUGGUGGCGCGGCCGCGCGUGCUGGCAGCCCUGGCGGCGCGCGCGCAGGGCGACGUGCGCGCAGCCCUGCACGCGCUCAGCUUCACCGCGCGCAGGGGACUCACGCAGAUGAAAAUGGAGGAUGUAGAAAAACUUUCGAUUGGUAAUAAAGACUGCAGCAAAAGUCUGAUGCAGGCUUUAAUUGCUGUGUUUACAGCGGGCGAGGGUGAUAUCAUGAAGACAGUGCAAGCGGCUGGAGAAUAUGACAGGCUUAUAGACGGAAUAUUCGAGAAUUACCUAUCAGCCCGUGUAGACUCUCGUCUUCGCAUAGCUUGCGAAACUCUAUCUUGGCUGAGACUAUACGAUUUGGUUUAUUCUUGGACUCUACGAGGGCAGAACUACUCGUUAUAUGGGUUACUGCCGAUGUGUAUAGCGCGAUGUCACACAAUAUUAGCUACAAAAGCAACACUCAAAUUGAAGUUUCCUAUGCAAGCGCAUGAGGUACAAAAAAGGAAGAGUGAGUUGGAGAGUAUAGUGAAAUCAGUAUGGAGAGGCAGCUCGCCCUCUGUCCUUCUCACUCUGACUCCUCUGCGACUUGACUUGAUACCGUUGUUGCCGUAUCUUCUCAAUCCGACGCUGAGGUCUGCGAAUGUGCAGUUGUGCAGCGAGCGCGAGCGCGAGGCGGUGCGCACGUGCGCGGCCGCCAUGUGCGACUACGGGCUGCAGUACGUGCAGCAGCGCACCGACGAACAUCUGUACGCAUUCGUGCUAGAACCGGACGUGCACAAGGCGGCCUUUAUAGGUAAUGAAGAAAAAAUGAAACCUCCGCCUCCAGUGCGUCAAGCAAUAGCGAGAGAACAACAGCUCGAGAUUAUACGGCGUAACGAGAUGAUGGCUACUAGAGUGAAUACAAACAAGCCUGGACCUUCAGAAGCUAAAUCCACAAACGAUAAGAAAGUUACUCUUGUUCCUGCUAAAGAAGCUCGCCUACCCAACCAUUUACAACGGCUGAAACCAAAAGAUGUAGACAAAACACCCCAGGUCCACAAAGACUUUUUCGGUCGCAUCGUUCCGCUCUCACAAGUACAACGUUCAGAUGCUGUUCCAGACGUGAUUUCGUCAUCAAACGUAUUCUACCAAUACCGUGAGGGUUUCAAUAACGCUGUCCGUAGAAAUGUACGGAUGCGAGACUUAUUAUAG